AUGAGUCGCGUGUGUAUUGUUGUUUUGGAGGAGGUGGAAGAUGAUUCUCCCACAUUUAUUUCCAAACUGCCUCAGAAAAGCAUAUCUCGACAUCCGUCAGCUUCAGAAUUGUUGUUUAUAUUUCAGCCACCACUUGUCCAAGCUAUAUUUAAUGGGGAUCCUGAUGAAGUUCGUGCACUAAUUUUUAAAAAAGAAGAUGUCAACUUUCAGGAUAAUGAAAAGCGGACCCCUUUACAUGCCGCUGCAUAUUUUGGUGAUGCAGAAAUUAUUGAGCUACUUAUUUUAUCUGGAGCUAGAGUUAAUGCCAAAGACAGCAAGUGGUUAACUCCUUUACACAGAGCUGUUGCAACACGUAGUGAGGAUGCUGUGCAGGUGUUGUUGAAGCAUUCAGCUGAUGUCAAUGCCCGUGACAAAAACUGGCAAACACCAUUACACAUAGCAGCUACAAAGAAAGCUGUCAAGUGUGCAGAAGCCUUGGUGCCACUACUCAGUAAUGUAAAUGUGUCAGAUCGUGCUGGUAGAACGGCAUUACACCAUGCAGCGUUGAGUGGACAAGUUCAGAUGGUCAGUUUAUUAUUGUCUAGAGGUGCCAAUAUCAAUGCCUUUGACAAGAAAGAUAGACGGGCUGUCCACUGGGCAGCCUAUAUGGGUUAUAUUGAUGUGGUAAAACUGCUUGUAGCCCAUGGAGCAGAAGUGACAUGUAAAGAUAAGAAAUUAUAUACACCAUUACAUGCUGCCGCAUCUGCUGAUAUGAUUAACGUAGUCAAGUACCUUCUUGAUCUUGGGGUUGAUAUGAAUGAACCAAAUGCAUAUGGAAAUACACCUCUUCAUAUUGCUUGCUUUAAUGGACAAGAUAUUGUAGUAAAUGAACUGAUAGACCGUGGUGCUAAUGUAAAUCAAAUGAAUGAGAAGGGAUUUACACCUUUACACUUUGCUGCUACAUCAACUCAUGGAGCAUUAUGUUUAGAGAUUCUCGUUUGUAAUGGUGCAGAUGUAAAUGUGAAGAGUAAAGAUGGAAAAACACCAUUACAUAUGACAGCUAUUCAUGGAAGAUUUUCAAGAUCACAAACCAUCAUCCACAAUGGAGCUGAAAUAGACUGUGAAGAUAAGAAUGGAAAUACACCAUUACACAUAGCAGCCAGAUAUGGCCAUGAACUGCUCAUCAACACACUGAUUACAAGUGGUGCUGAUACAGCAAAGCGGGGUAUACAUGGAAUGUUUCCUCUCCAUUUGGCAGCAUUAAGUGGAUUUUCAGACUGUUGCAGAAAGCUGCUUUCUUCAGGCUUUGAAAUAGAUACUUCAGAUGACUUUGGCAGGACCUGCCUUCAUGCAGCUGCAGCUGGAGGAAAUUUGGAGUGCCUCAAUCUGCUGCUCAACACAGGUGCAGAUUUCAAUAAAAAAGACAAAUUUGGAAGAACUCCACUCCACUAUGCCGCUGCCAACUGUAAUUACAAGUGUCUGUUUGCCCUUGUGGGUUCUGGAGCUAGUGUAAAUGACCUUGAUGAAAGAGGUUGUACACCACUGCACUAUGCAGCUGCAUCAGACACUGAUGGAAAGUGCCUGAAAUACUUACUUCGAAAUGAUGCAAAUCCAGGGAUUCGAGACAAGCAAGGUUACAAUGCAGUUCAUUAUGCUGCUGCUUAUGGACAUCGUUUAUGCCUUGAAUUGAUUGCCAGUGAAACACCUUUAGAUGUUUUAAUGGAAACAUCAGGGACCGACAUGCUGAAUGAUUCAGACAACAGGGCACCAAUUAGUCCAUUGCAUUUAGCUGCCUAUCAUGGACAUCACCAAGCUUUGGAAGUGUUAGUGCAGUCUUUGUUGGAUCUCGAUGUCCGGAACAAUAAUGGACGAACACCUUUGGAUCUUGCAGCUUUUAAGGGACAUGUUGAAUGUGUGGAUGUACUUAUUAAUCAGGGAGCAUCAAUCUUAGUAAAAGACUAUGUUAUAAAGAGAACACCAAUACAUGCUGCUGCUACAAAUGGUCAUUCAGAAUGCUUGCGGUUGUUAAUUGGAAAUGCAGAGCCACAGAAUGCUGUGGACAUUCAGGAUGGAAAUGGACAGACCCCUUUGAUGUUGUCUGUUCUUAACGGGCACACAGAUUGUGUCUAUUCCCUGCUUAACAAAGGAGCAAAUGUAGAUGCCAAAGAUAAAUGGGGAAGAACAGCAUUACACAGAGGGGCAGUUACUGGGCAUGAGGAGUGCGUAGAAGCACUGCUUCAGCAUGGUGCAAAAUCUACACUACGAGACUGCAGAGGACGUACACCUAUACAUUUAUCUGCUGCUUGUGGACAUAUUGGGGUAUUAGGAGCACUCAUACAAUCAGUGGCAUCUGGGGAUGUGAUACCUGCUCUGACAGACAAUCAUGGAUAUACAUCAUUGCACUGGGCAUGUUACAAUGGUCAUGACAGUUGUGUGGAACUUCUUUUGGAGCAGGAAGUUUUCCAGAAAAUGGAAGGAAAUUCUUUCAGCCCAUUGCAUUGUGCAGUGAUAAAUGAUAAUGAGGGUGCUGCUGAAAUGCUGAUCGAUACACUGGGAUCUGGAAUUGUAAAUUCCACAGAUGCAAAGGCAAGAACUCCCCUCCAUGCAGCAGCCUUUACAGACCAUGUAGAGUGCUUACAGCUUUUGCUCAGCCAUAAUGCACAAGCAAACUGUAUAGAUUCUUCUGGGAAGACACCUCUAAUGAUGGCUGCAGAAAAUGGGCAAACAAAUACAGUUGAGGUGUUGGUUAGCAGUGCUAAAGCUGAUCUGACUUUGCAAGAUAAAUGUAAAAACACUGCACUACAUCUGGCUUGCAGCAAGGGUCAUGAAACUAGUGCCUUGUUAAUACUAGAGAAGAUUACUGAUAGAAAUCUCAUCAAUGCCACCAACACAGCAUUGCAGACGCCUUUACAUGUUGCUGCACGAAAUGGAUUAACAGUUGUAGUUCAAGAACUUCUGGGGAAAGGAGCAAGUGUACUUGCAGUAGAUGAAAACGGUUAUACACCAGCUUUAGCCUGUGCUCCCAAUAAAGAUGUGGCUGAUUGCUUAGCUCUCAUUCUGGCUACAAUGAUGCCUGUUUCAUCAAGCAGCACAAUACCUUCCCUUACCUUUAAUGCCAUUAAUCAUUAUACCAACACUUCAAAAACAGUCACCUUUGAUUCUUUACCAAUUAUCAGGAGUGAACAUAGCUCUUACUGUAGUUUCAACAACAUUGGGAGAGAAGAUGGCUAUCCAUAUACAGAAGAAGAUGAACUUAAUGACUCAGAUUCUGAAACCUAUUAAAAAGCUCCAUUAGAGGGCUGAAGAAUGAACUCACUUGCUGAAUUUCCAGAUUGUUAUUGGAGAAAGCAGUCUUGCUGAAUAUAAAAAAAGGCGGCCUGAGGAAAAGAUUUUUUUUAAACGAAAAUGUGGGGGCACAUGAAAAACAUGUGACUCCCAAGAGACUUUUAAAAGCGGGUUAUGCAAAAGAAAUGCUUGGAAUCUGUGGUGCAAAAAGUUACCUAGAAUGUUAUUUAAUUGCAGUGUAUUGGUUUCAAUGAAUAAUCCCAAUAAGGCUGUGCAUCUUUGUAUAAACAAAUAUGCAGUUAUACAGCAAAAUGGACAAUAUAUUCAAAUCUUACCAAUAAAAACUAAGAUCAUUUUGAAGGCAAUAAUUGAGUUUGGUACAGAAGGCAUUGUUUGUGCAGCAAAUUGCCAAAGGACCAAAUAACUUAAGACUUUUUUAAUUAAAGAAAACCUUUUUGAGAACACUUGAAUAGCUUAAAUAAUAAUAGUCUUAACCCUUAAAUUACAACUAGCAAUUAAUCUUAGAUUGGUUUUAAAUGUUGAUUUGUUUUUAAUCAUCUGAUAGCCUUCCGACGCUAUUAAAUGUACCAUAAAAAUGCAGUUUUCAAUUUGUCAAAAUCUUACGGUAUUAAAGCUCUUACUAGCUUAACCAGGAGUUGUCAGGGUAAAAUGAGUACAAAAACCGCAUUGUAGUAAUCACUGCCCAGCUUUCUUUUAUUCACCCCCCCGCCCCCACACACACAGAGGGUAAUUCUCUGGAUAAGUCAAACUGCAUCAAAAAUAGAACUGUAAUAUCCUGAUACCCUGUUAGGCUGCCUUACAGAACACUAUUUCUUACAACUCACCCAAUGUUUUACAUAAUAUAACAAAUGAUAUUUGUGCCUCUAUGGUGUACAUAUAAUUAAAAAAAUAGUUUUUAAGGCUUAGAAGAUGGCUGAAGAGGAUAUGAUAAAACAUUGUUUCCCUGUUACCAAAAAGGUACAGUGUCGGAUCUUUGGGAACAUAGAUGUGCUUCAUUUACAGUUUUUCAAAUGUUGCAGGUCCUUCUGUUACAGUUUAAAACUUUCCCUGUGUUUGUCUAAUUUAUAAUAGGCUACUGUAAAAUAAAAAUGGAAGAAUGGCAUUUUUUUCCUCAAACUUAAGCCAGUUUGUUACAAUAGAAGUGUUUACUUUAUUUGGUUCUGCUUUAAUUGAAAACAACAGUAUAAUUAUUACUUGCUUUGGUUAUGUACAUGCAAGAGUAUCUUGCAUGAUGAGGUUAAACUCAACUGAAUUGCUAUAAACUGAUCCUUCCCUCCCUUUUAUCCUUUUUGUAUUGUGAAACUGGAAACUUUAAUGCCAUUGUAAAGUAUCAGCUUGUUUUCUGAACAUAGUGUGAAAACACAGGACAGUAUUUUGAUCUAUUUGAUAAUUUUGUGGGGUUUUUUUGAAGAAUUAAUGAGCAUGUACAUAGAAAUAGCAGUUGCUUGAAUACUGUAUUUACCUGCACUCUUUCAGUACAUCAAGAUUCCUGUGUAUAUUUUACAGAGUAUAAUAAAAUCCAGACGUGAGAGUUGUA